UCUCUCUCUCUCCCCCUCGAGCUCCCGGCUGCCCGCGGCUCCCUCGCGCUCUCCCCUCUCCGGUAGGCUCCACCAAGCGAUGCGAGCUUUGGGAGACAGCGACACCGCCUCCCGCUAGAGACCUGCCCCCCGGCCCGGCCCGGCCCCCUGCCCAGCCCUGCCCUGCGCGCAGGGGUCGGCGAAGGCGCCGCGGACGCACCGACCGCUGAGGACCCGCGAUGCACAUGCACUAGCAGCACCCCCUCACUCACUCCCUCCACACCCCGCGCCGCCGCCGCCUCCUCCUCCUCCGGCAGCAGCGGCAGAAGGACCCACCCUGCCCCCCACCCCACCCUCCGCCGGCUCCGGCUGCGGCUCCUGCCUCAACUAUUAUUUUAUUUAUUUUGGGUCGUGCACAAGCCUCAGUGCCUGCAGCCCGCGCCUCCUCGGACCGCGGGCGCCUCCUCCCUCGGCCCCGGAGCCCCAGUCCCCGGCCACCUUCGCCUCGACACCCCUAGAGCCCGCCAGCUGCCGCGAGUCUCCGCUGCUGGAAUCUUGUUAGCGGCCGUCUUUUUGGGGGGUUCUGGUUUCCCGACAUUUUUGUUUUCAGCCAAGGGAAGGAUAUCGUGGUUUUUUCCCCUUUGAGCCCAGGCUCUGCUCUCCGGGGGGGUGGGGGGCGCGCCGAGCCGGGGAGCCGUGCCAGCCGAGUCGUGCGGGCUGUGGCAGGGAAGGGGCCACCAUGGGAUGUACUCUGAGCGCAGAGGAGAGAGCCGCCCUCGAGCGGAGCAAGGCGAUUGAGAAAAACCUCAAAGAGGAUGGCAUCAGCGCCGCCAAAGACGUGAAAUUACUCCUGCUGGGGGCUGGAGAAUCAGGAAAAAGCACCAUUGUGAAGCAGAUGAAGAUCAUCCACGAAGAUGGCUUCUCUGGAGAAGACGUGAAACAGUACAAGCCUGUUGUCUACAGCAACACCAUCCAGUCCCUGGCAGCUAUCGUCCGGGCCAUGGACACUUUGGGCAUCGAAUAUGGUGACAAGGAGAGAAAGGCUGACGCCAAGAUGGUGUGUGACGUGGUGAGUCGGAUGGAAGACACCGAGCCCUUCUCUGCCGAACUGCUUUCCGCCAUGAUGCGGCUCUGGGGCGACUCAGGAAUCCAGGAGUGCUUCAACAGGUCUCGGGAGUAUCAGCUCAACGAUUCUGCCAAAUACUACCUGGACAGCCUGGAUCGGAUUGGGGCCGCCGACUACCAGCCCACCGAGCAGGAUAUCCUCCGAACCAGGGUCAAAACCACUGGCAUCGUAGAAACCCACUUCACAUUCAAGAACCUCCACUUCAGGCUGUUCGACGUCGGGGGUCAGCGAUCUGAACGCAAGAAGUGGAUCCACUGCUUCGAGGACGUCACAGCCAUUAUCUUCUGCGUCGCGCUCAGCGGCUACGACCAGGUGCUCCAUGAAGACGAGACCACGAACCGCAUGCACGAGUCCCUGAAGCUUUUCGACAGCAUCUGCAACAACAAAUGGUUCACAGACACGUCCGUCAUCCUGUUCCUUAACAAGAAGGACAUAUUUGAAGAGAAGAUCAAGAAGUCCCCGCUAACCAUCUGCUUCCCCGAAUACACAGGCCCCAGUGCCUUCACCGAAGCCGUGGCUUACAUCCAGGCCCAGUACGAGAGCAAGAACAAGUCCGCCCACAAGGAGGUCUACACCCACGUCACCUGCGCCACCGACACCAACAACAUCCAGUUUGUCUUUGACGCCGUGACGGACGUCAUCAUCGCCAAAAACCUGCGGGGCUGCGGCCUCUACUGA